CUGUGUACAGAAUAUUAGUGUGAAUAGUACUAAUGAUACAAGUACUAUUGCGGUGAUGAUUCUACUGCAUUUUUGCGUUCUUAGGUUAUGGAAAUGUUGUGUAAAGACCUGAUGGCCAUUGCAUGUCGGCUGUUCGCUUAUGAGAUUUUAUGUGAAACCUUUUAAUCUCGGAACCCGCUGGAGGCACGCAGAGCCUUUCAGCGUGGAUGUUAUACUCAUGUAUUAUCAAAACCUCACAGCCUGGCCCAUAGAUGUGCCGUGUGCGCAGUGCUUUAUUAGACGACUUUCGUUUUUUUACACUUUAUGUUCCACUGGUGUUUGCAAUUGGUGCCGGUCUGCACUGGAGCAGCGCAUGUACUGUCCCAAUGCAAAGUCGUACUUCCACAGGAUCUUCGAUGAUUACCACUGCCACUGCAAGAGCAACAAUAUCAACUGCAGCGCCCGGCUCAAUGUCCGCCGGCAAUAAUCCUACUCGUACUUUGGAUGAUAUCAUUCACGAGUCCUGGAGCAAUCUAAAAGACGACAGAAUAACACUGAAGUUUCCUCAAGUGGAUCAGAACGCAAAAAUUUUGAAUUUGUAUUCUGAUAUUCAAGUGCUUCAGCCCAGGAUUGGAGAGAAUGUCAUUCUAACUUGCGUGGCGUCCACAGAAAAUACACACGGUGUGUCUUGGACCCACCUCGGCAGAACUAUAUUUGACAAAGGAAGACGCAUCACUGAUGACGGAGUCGAUAAUCAGCUUUAUAACGUGACUACAUGGGGUCACGUUGGGAUUUUUGGCAUUCUCCGUGUGUCCCUGCAGUCGGAAGGAGAAGUUGUAUGCUGGGAAGAGUUAACUAGCUUCGGUUACAAACGAGCUGUCACUUUAAAGCGGUUUAGCAUUGAACCUCAGCUUACGCGAGCGGUAGAAGUAUUUGCGGAGUUCAUGCCCAAGCAAUCAGUCGUCCAAGGUGACGUUGUCUGUUUCUCCUGUGCAGUUCGGCUUCCUUUGCCGCAACGCACCAUUAACAACCUUCCCAACUCCAUUAUGUGGCGCUUAAAUGGCGAAACAAGAUGGGCCCCUAAAGAAGAGCCCUAUUGGUCGCAUUUCACUGCACGCACAAAGUCUUGGCGCUUAGGUGGAGAGUCAUAUCGUUUCCCUAAUAUUACAAAUGUUUUUGGGCAGAAAAUUGUUUACCAAAUGGACUUUCAUUAUCUAACAACGGCAAGUAGCGGCAAUGUUGAAUGUUGGUUCAGAAUUCAUGGUACUACUCACGACUGGGUUAUGCAGUCCACCGAAUUGAUUAUCAAUGCGCGAACGCCGCGAAGCUAAUUCCGUGGUUGAAUAGGGCAGAGAUGGAGAGUCGGCUGGACUUCUUGCAUGGCUGAUCAGUGUCCAGUCGAGGAAGGUCAUUAUGGCGUAACGAUAGGGUGCAUUACCGGUGUCUUGGGAAGCCGGAUAUUGUUACGUUGUGCCACCGGUGACGGUUUCUGGUUGUGAAGUAGUGUGGGUCUAUUUCACUUGUGUUGCUGGAUAAUAGUUGUAAUGAUAGUAUGGAAAUUGUUUUCUUUUAAUGAUGGUGUGGAAAUUGUUUUCUUGCCAGUUUUAUACCAAA